AUGAUGCUUUUUGUUCUUUUAGCUCUGUUGCUUGUGUCAGGUAUAUUACCAGUUGUGCUUACCUCAUGUCCCUCUCAGUGCAGCUGCUUUUAUCACAACCUGAGUGAUGGAUCCAAGGCCAGGAGUGUAAUUUGUAAUGAGCCGGACAUUUCGCUGGUGCCUGCCAACUUCCCUGCCGACACCAACAAACUCAGAAUAGAAAAAACUGCCAUAAAGAGAAUCCCAAGUGAAGCUUUUAACUACCUUUCCAAUCUGGAGUUUCUGUGGAUGUCCUUCAAUGCGUUGUCCACACUGAAUGUAGAAAGUUUUCGUGGACUGAUAAGUCUGGAGGAGCUUCGACUUGAUGGGAACUCCCUUACUGCUUUUCCUUGGCAGGCAUUAACAGACAUGCCAAGCCUAAGACUACUUGAUCUGCACAACAACCAGCUGUCUUCAGUUCCUGUGGAGGCAGCAACGUACAUAAAAAGUUUGACAUACCUUGAUCUCUCAAGCAAUAACCUGCUGACCUUGCCAUCUGACGUUCUUAAUGUUUUGUUGGCAAUCAAACCUGUCCAAGGAGCAGAGAGUUCGAAAAGGAUUCUUGGACUCCAUGACAAUCCUUGGCUUUGUGACUGUCGAUUAUAUGACCUGGUCCAGUUCCAGAAGUCUCCUUUUGUCUCGGUGGCAUUCAUUGACACCAGACUGAGGUGUGCUGAUCCUGAGAGUCUGUCAGGAGUUCUGUUCACUGAUGCUGAGAUGAGACAAUGUCAGGAGCCCACGGUUCAUACAGCUGUAGGACGCAUCAGGAGCACAAUAGGAAACAACGUGCUACUGCGGUGUGGUGCUAUUGGUGUCCCCAUGCCUGAGCUGACAUGGAGAAGGGCCGAUAGAAACCCAUUAAAUGGAACAGUUCAGCAAGAGAACUCCAAGGACGGAAUAGUUUGGUCUAUUUUACAUGUAUCAGCAGUCUCCUUUCAGGAUUCUGGCAAAUACAUCUGCAAAGCAACAAACUAUGCUGGGAGUGCAGAGGCUGUGAUUUCUUUAAUCAUAACAAAGUCCCCAAAGACAAAAAAUCAAACAGGAAAUGGAAAGAAAAAGAAAGGGAAAACGGCAAAUCCAGUUGAGAAGGCGGUGUAUCAAGAGAAUCUUGCCAGAUACAUUUCUCCAAGACCCUCCCCUGUUGCUGGGCUAAUUAACCCUACAGUCAACCCUUAUCCAAGCAUGCAGAGCGAUAGCGUUGAAGAAAGUGUUACAAAUCCACAACCAACUAGUCCUGAUGUACUCCUUGAGACCAAUUUGAGUUAUCUUAAUGCUAAUACAUCCUCUCUACAGCAAGAUCCCGACAGAAUUGUCCGUUCUGUCAAAGUUAUAGGAGAUACAGACUAUAGUGUGUGUCUGAGCUGGAGAGCUCCAAAGGCUAAGAGCACCACUGCCUUUAGUGUGCUGUAUGCCGUAUUUGGAGAGCGGGAUAUGCGCAGAAUUAAUGUUAGUCCAGGGAAUAACCGGAUCCUCAUUGAGGGCUUGGUUCCAAAAACAAAAUACAUUGCUUGUGUAUGUGUACAAGGCCUAAUCCCUAAAAAAGAACAGUGUGUUUUCUUCUCGACAGAUGUGGCAGCAAGCACCAGUGGGACCCAAAAGCUCAUUAAUGUAGUUGUAAUCACGGUGGCCUGCAUCAUAGCCGUACCUCUGACUGUGAUAGUCUGCUGUGGAGCGCUCAAGAGAAAAAUCAAUAAACUUCUGAGUAAAAAGACCAAAGACAUUCAGGAUUCAUACACAUUUGAGACUCCCAGCAACAAGGCAAAAGAACUGGAGGAGGACUUCCUGAACAGACUAAGCCCAGAGGAAUCCAACAGAUUAUUGUCACCUCUGUCUAGCAUGGAAUCCAUCUCUAAGAUUGAAGGACAGCCAAAUGAGCAUUUGUGCUGA